UAAUUUCCUUUGGGUCUCACCUCCUAAUCUAGCUAACCAGGUAACGAGAUGGACGGACACAACUAUAUACAAGACAUAUGUAUGUGUUGUGUCCAUUGCCUAUAUAAUAGCUCAUGUUCUUACAAUAUAUAACUCGAACAGGAAACAGUAAGAGAGAGCUUAUAAAUAGAAAAGGCUAUAUGGGGAAUUGUGCACUAAAACCAAAAGUUUUGUCGGAAACCGGAGCUCCGGCACCGGAGGAGCUUAAGGAUUCACUUCUUGAAUACCACAAGAUCGACGCUGCAAAAUCUCUUAGCAACUUGUUCCUUCAAGACAAGGCAGAGAAGAAAACGAAAGAUGGUGAGAAGAUAACAUUCGAAAAUGUUCCGGUAGCUGAAGAUCUGAAAACAGCUUUGGCGGAGGAAAAAUCUCGGACAAAAGAGACAAAAUCUCCGGCGACGAUAGAGACAACUUAUCCGGUAGCAGAGACAAAAUAUCCGGUAGCAGAGACAAAAUAUCCGGUAACGGAGAAUAAAACUCCUGCUGACGAGAAGAUAACACCGGAAAACAUACCGGUAACUGAAGAUCUGAAAACAGUUUUGGAGGAGGUGGCAAACCCUCUGGAAACAGAGUCAAAGUCUACAGUAACUGAGACUAACGCAUCGGUUGAUGAUCAUAAGACGAAGAACGAAGAGCCCGCUCGUGAAGAGAAAGUGAUUGACGUUGUGGUUGUGAAAGAAACAGAAACAGAAGCGAAAGCAGAGGAGGUGGGAAGAGAAGCAGCACACUGAAACAUCCUUGAAACGCUAGUUUCUUCGUUCUUGAUAGCAACAUGAUUGUUUCCGACUUUUUUUUGUUUAGAUUACGUUUCCUCGAGAGGAAAUACGCAGACGCUGGAUUUGUUAUAUGAAUUGAAACUUCAGAUUUCCUAUAAACCGAUCCUUCAACCCAAAAUAAGAAAGUCUUUUUACGACU